AUGACUUUUGACGAUGUGUGGCUAUCAGACGACGAAGAAUUCAAGCCAAACACGUCAGAGAUGUACGGGUCUAUAGAAAAUGAGCCAAAGCAUGCAGAUCUGUUGUCUUUGAAGAGAAAACACGCAAAACAGGGGUACUUAGAUGGAAUCUCCAAAGCCAAAGAAGAGAGCUUGCAACAGGGAUUUGACGAUGGAUAUCCUAUUGGUGCUCGAAUAGGAGCACUGGUAGGAGAGAUUUUGGCUAGUCUGAAGCUACUGUUGGACAGCUCUAUGAUCUCUGUGAACGAUUACGAUACCGCUUUGAAAGAACUCAACAUCACCAAAGUUCUGCAACCAGAGUUUUUCGACUCAAAGUUAAACAUAGCUGGCGAAAGAACGCACCCUGCAAUCCAAAAGUGGACUGCAUUUUACGAAUCGAAAUUGGACGCCUAA